AUGAAGCAUCAGAUGAACGCACAGAAGCGCAAGCACCACAACGAAAGCGGCGAGCUAUGGUGGCACAGCCGGGCGAACAAAGCAAAACAUCACUUUAGCAUCCAUGCCGAUAUCAUUGACCUGGCAAACAUGAUCACAGAGGAGUUCAGCUUGGUCGGCGAGAGCAUGCGAGUGAAGGAACUCGGCAAGAGGAUAAAGACACGAACCGGCGAGGUGUACAUCUCGACAGAUCAUCUGCCAAAGUCUCGGCAGGACGACUGGAAGCAAUCAGAACUCAGAAGACGUAUCCAUCGACGAUGGAAGUCGAGUCUUGUUGGCAGCGGUAUCUCUCAGGCAAGGAACAUAAUGUCUAGAAAGCAAAUCCGACAAAAGGUAGAUGCCGAUCCUGCGUGGCCGGAGGCAUUGGAGCCAGACGAUCAACAAUUUACUGCUCUCCCGACCCAGCCCAAGUAUGUCACGAGACUCACGGCAGAGAGCGGUACCAUCGACGACUGGUGA